AUUAUUAUCAUCAUCAUAAUUAUGUGUAAUGAAAAUGCAAUGAUUGUGCAUUCAUGAAACGUACACUAGAAUAACCAAACCAGCAACAUAAACACACACACACACACUUACAUACAAACACCCUCACAAAUAAACAAACAAAGAUCAUCUGUCAAUUUGAACAUCAGAAUUCAAUUGCACAAAUGUAUAAUUAGAUCUUAAUAUUCAAUCAUAUAUGUAUUUAGAAACUUGUUAAAGGAUCUCUUAUCCAAAUGAAAAUGAUCUUCAAUUAAAAUGGAUCUAUACAAAAUAUGUUUGAUCAAUUAUUGAAUAAUAUGUCUAAUUAUACAAAUCUAUAUUUCAUUAUUAAUAAUCAUACUACUACUACUACUACUACUCCGUCUUCUCCUCAUCCUGCUCCACCUUCUCAUCCAACUACGACGACUACUACGACGACGACAACAACAACGAUUCCUACUACUCAUCAUACUACUUAUAUCAUCCCUAUUACAUUAUCUAAACAACAUGAAAUUGAUUUAGAAUAUUUAGAUCAUAUAUUAUCUAUAAUGCGUUUAAUAUGUGGUAAAAUUUUAACCCCCUUAUUAUGUUUAAUUGGAUUUAUAUCCAAUAUUAUUAAUAUUAUUAUAUUAACAAGAGAAUGGAUGAGUUCAUCAACUAAUAUUUAUUUAACUGCUGUAUCUAUAUGUGAUUUAUUAUAUUUAUUAUUUACUUAUUUAUUUUCAUUAUGGUUAUAUCCAUCUAUUCAACAAUUAACUUUAUAUGCAUAUAGUAUCACAUAUAUACAUGGUACUGCUAAUUUAUUUAGUAAUAUUACUACAUGGCUUACAGUAAGUUUUACAUUAGAACGUUAUAUUGUUAUAUCAUCACCUAUAUUAGGUAAACGUUAUUGUACUAAACAACGUGCACGUUAUGUUAUUAUUAUUAUAUUUAUUAUAUGUUUUUUAAUAACAUUACCAGAUUAUUUUAAAAAAACCAUCAAAUAUAAUCAUACUACUUAUAAUACUACUCAUAAUAGUAGUAAUCAUCAUUAUCAUCAUAAUCAAUUAAUCAAUAAUUCAACCAAUAUAACAAUCAAUAAUCAUAAUAAUAAUAAUAAUCAAUAUUUAGUUGUUGAUACACAAAUCAAUAUCAUUUUAAUUAAAAUUGGUUAUGAUUAUAUUAAUCAAAUUAUAUUUAUUAUAUUACCAAUGAUAUUAUUAAUUAUAUUUAAUAGUUUAUUAAUAAGAUCUGUGAUGAAAGCUAAUUAUGAUCGAAGAAUAUUGAUCAAACAAGGUAAUAAUAAUAAUAAUAAUUGUAUACCAUCGAUCAAUAUUAUAAAUGAUCCGAAAAAUAUUGAUUUAUUAUCGAAUAGUAAUACUCCUAAUGAUAAUUAUGAUAAUAAUAAUAAUGGACGUCAAUAUAGUAUGGUUCAAUUAAAUCAAGAAGCUACAACAAGUCACAAUGUACCAGCUAUUGUACGUGAUGCAUUAGAAGCAAGUAUGAGAACAACAAUUGGUAUCACAUCUAGUAUAACACAAUCAUAUCGAUCAAUGAAUUAUCAAACAAAUUUAUUACCAAUUAUGAAUAUUAAAAAAGGUACAAAAUUAGGUGAACAACAUCGUAUUACAUUAAUGUUAAUUACAAUUGUUAUAGCAUUUGUAUUAUUACAAUUACCAAGUAUGGUACCAACAAUAAUAAUGAAUUUAUGGAAUACUGGUAUAAUACAAUCAACACAAUAUACAACUAAGUGCCUAUUAAUUUAUGCAAAUAUAUCAAAUGUAUUAUUAAUUAUUAAUGCUGCAUUAAAUUUUGUAUUUUAUUCAUUAUUUUCAGCAAGAUUUCGUCAAACAUGUUAUAUACUACUGAAAAAUAUUACUUGUUUAAAACAUUUUUUAUAUCAAUAA